AUGGAGAUCUCAAGUGUCCGGCACUCUCUUGCCUAUGCUGGAGAGGAGAAGUAUCAGAUGCUGGAGUUGAACAAGAGGCUGGAGUCCUAUUUAAACCAUGUAAAGUUGCUGGAGCAGGAAAACCAGCUCCUGUGGGGGGAAAUUCAGACCCUGCGGAGGACCCAAGAAAGCAAAGGGCAUGUGAAGACCCAGGAAGAGGCGCUCAGCCUGGCCAGGAAAGAGGUGCAGAAUGCCUGGAGGGAGAAGGACCAUGUGGAGCUGGAGAUCAGCAACCUGCUGACUGAGAUAGAGGAACUGAACGCUCUGAGGAUGAAAGAGGUGGCGGCACAAGCCGAGGCGAAGAGAAAAGUUGACGAAAGCAGGAAGACACUGGAAGACGAGCGGAGGAUGCAGAUCUGGCUGAGAGAACAAGCUGCCCAUCUUCAGAAAGAGGUCUCACUACAGGUGCAGAUCCAUCAGGAAGACCUGGCAGCCCUCAAGUCCUCACACGCCAUCACGAAGCCCGUACUGAUGGCUCCUCAGCACCGGCAAGCUCUAAACCUCCAAGGUCUAGGAGAAGAGUACUCACAGAGAGCAGCUCAGGUCUGGCAGGAAGCAGCAGGAAAGUACCAGGCACGGGUUGAGAAGCUGGAGGAAGGUCUGAACCAGGGCAGGACUGAUGUGGUCCAGCUCAACCAGGAGAAGAAGGAGAGUAAGAUGCAGAUGCAAGGUUUAGCCCAGGAGCUGGAGGCCACCAAGGUCAAGAGGGAGAUUUUGGAGAAGAACAUGGCACAGCAGAGAAAUCAGCAGAAGCAAGAGCUUCAACAUCUUCAGGCUCACGUCGAAGCUCUAGAGACGGAGAAAGUGGAGAUCAGCGAACAGAUCAGUGAGCUGAUGGUAGACAGGCGGAACCUUCUCCAGAUGAAGAUGUCUCUAGGCCUCGAAGUGGCCACCUACAGAGCUUUGCUGGACAACGAGAGCCUAAAAGAUAAAAGGAACAACCUAUCAACAAGCAGGAACAUCAGAACCGUCUCAAUCUCAGACGGAUUCACCAGGCCCCCCGGGACUUAUCCAGCCGCUCAGACUCUCUCAUCCUGUCUCUCAUCCUUCAGUGGUCCGCAGAAUACGACCUCCAGAUCAAUCGCUCGUAAAGCCAACCUAAUGAUUCAAACUUCUUCAGGGACCCUGCCACGAGGUACAUUACAGAAAACCCCCGAGAAGGCUCAGGUUACUCAGGAAGAGGAAGUCGUCAUGUGUGAAGAAAAAGCUGAAGUAAAAUCUUCUGCUGGAUCAACGAAGCCUUUUACUAUGUCAGACUUUCUGGAUCAUUAUAGGCCCAGUGAAGCUCAUGAAGAACCAAGCCGUGCCGCUCCUGUACCUGCAGAUCAUGAAGCUGUAGAUGAGUCUGAAUUAAAUCAGAACACAUGUGUGAAGGAUGAAGUCCUUAAGGAGGAGCUCCUUACAGAAAGUAGAGCAGAAGCCGUCCAGGAGCCAUCGCCUGGUGCCAAUGAAGAAGAAUUGAUCAGCUCGCAGACUGGAAAUCUAAGUAGAGCUCCUCAUAGUCCUGAGAGAGAGGUAUCGUCUAGCCUACACACAGAGGAGGCUAAAAGUUCAGAUGAUGGAGAUGAGGAGGAGACCGAGGUGUCUACUGAGAUGUCUCAAAUAACCCACGCGCCUGUAUCUGCCUGGGAUGAAAAUGAUACGGUGGUACCAGAAGACAGAGACGUAGUGUCCGAGAUAGAGCUCGAAUCUGAGAAUGUGACUGAAAACAGCACGGGAGAAUUUACUUUAGAUGUCGGGCUGACGGAAUUAAAACACACUGAAGAAAACACCAGCAAAUUAGAUGCUCCAUUUUUCAGUGAACCAGCACCGUCGACGGAUUCAUUUAGCUAUGUUGAAGAACAUGUUGAAAGUGCAGAAUUGGCAGAGGUGGAGGAAAAUAUUAUUCAGUUUGUUGAGAAAGAGCCACUGAUGAGUACACCGGAAGUAGGGAUUGAGUUUGUGGAAAGAAUGGAGAGCAGUGAAGUAUUAGAAGAUAUGAGAGAUGUUGAAGGACCUGACUUUGAUAUUGACGUGCAUAAAAAAGAGAAUCAACCAGAGUUUAAAGAAGAACAACAGUCAGAGCCAAGAACAGACAAAGAAGAAUUUAUUUACAGUGAUAAACAAGAGAUAGUGAUAGAGGAGAACGUUGCAGACAUACCACAGGUCUCUUCAGCUCCAGAGGUUGAUGCUAAAAUAAUUACAGAAGAGCAGAAAGCUGAGCCAGUGAUAGAUACAAAUGAUACAGAUAAUCAGUUAGAUCAAUUUCAUACAAAAGAAGAUCAGGACCAGAGCGACGAGGAGUCAUUAAACAUCUCUGCUUCGUGGAGGACCGACCCAGGCGACGUAGACAGCUACGCUCAGGAGAACACGCUCGCAGACACCCGUCCCCUCAUACACUACAGGAGCGAUGACGAAGCAGACGGGAACGUCGAAAUCUCUCAUCAGGGAACAGGCGACGCCACGGACAGCGAAGAAGACGGGGAGAAACGCGAAGGGUUCAACCACUGGAGCCAGAAAAUAGCCAAACGCUUCGACACCAUGGAGGAUCUUUCUGAGGAGCCAGAGAUGGGUGUCACGAAUGAUACGGUCACGGAUGGAUCCGUUCAGACUGUACUAGAGCAGGAUGAAAUGACUGAGAACAUGGAUGAGAUAGCAAGUCAGGAGUCUGUACAGCCUCUGAGUGAAGGUCUACUUCAAAGUGAAAGUAGUGACGCAAACAAACAGGUCAGUUAUGAAAUGGACGAUGCGUUGGUUUGUGACCUUGCCACGGAUAGUACUCACACUCAGGAGGAGCCAAACAGGAAUUACAAUAAUGACCUCCUGGUGGAGAAGCUGGAAGAGACCUCACAUGUAGAUGACUGGAGCGAGAGUCUGCCCACAGACACCAGUGAAACGACUGAGCUACAGAAUGCAACCGACCGGUUCAACAGCAGCGAGGAGGACCUCAUCAAGGACUACACAGUUAACUGGGAUCUAGAGUCCAUGGAAUUCAAGCCAGAGGCUGAGAAUGUGAAUAAACCUUUGUUUGGAAGUUUACCUCCAGUCACUGAUGAACCACUGGUAGAACAAACCCUUGAAGAAGAAGUUUUAGAAGAGUCGUCCAUGGUGGCCACACACACACUCGAAAAAGCUUCAAUCAUAGAACAGACCUGUCCACAAGAGGUCAAAGACGAGCAGAUGAGUCUAUCAAUGCCCAGCGAUGCAGAUUUGCAACAUAGCGGGCUGAACAGUCAGUCAAAAAGCCAGGCCAACAUAAUUGGGUCAGAUGCUGAGGAGUCAAAUAGUUCAGAAGAUGAGUCUCCAAAUGCUAGCCAAUGCUCUCAGCUGCUUACCCACACAGAGAUACCUGAGAUACCUGAGAUACCUACUCAGCAGCUAGACUGGAAUCUUUUGUCUCUUGCUGGUGAGACCUUAAUAAAUGACCCAACGUCUUUCUCAGGCCUUUUGGAGGAGGCUUUGAAGGACGAGUUAGAAAAGGACAAAUCUGUUGACCGUGAUGAUCCACAAGCAGAAGAAACUGUGAAAGCAGAGUGUCCAGACAAUGAACAACAGCCAGCGAACACCAGCAGUGAUGGAAUUGAUGACAGUGCUGCUAAUACACAUGAAUGGGAGGAUUUAAACCAGCCAGAUGAAACCACAGUCACAUCCCAACACAUUCUCAGCUCUGUGGGAGAACCUGGCGAUGUAAAUCUGGAAGCCGACAAAGACGAGAUGAAUAUUUUUGAAGGCGAUCUACAUGAAGGAUCUAAGGAGAAAGAAAAUGACCCCCAUACCUAUUUCAGUUCAAGCAUAAAGGAAGACAUCUGGAGCACGUCCCAAUUCGAGAUGGCCGCCACCUAUGAUCAAGCAGAGUCUGAGAGGUUUGCGAAUGGCAGUGAAACCCAGAGCAAAGGCUUUGGGGAUGACUGGGAAGAUUUGGGAAGCGUCCCAGCAGCCAAUGGAAAACCUGAAAAAGAGAUGGACAUUUCUACAAUCCAACCAGUGCAGGACAAAGAGGAAGAGCAGGUGAUGGGACGAGCUGAGAAGUUGCAAAGGAAAGACAUGAAGGACGGACAGGUGGAUACUGUCCAUGUAGAAGAGUCAACAGAUGAUGGUGACUCCUGGUCUUCUGGUGAAGAGUAAUGUUAAGGUUAAUAAGCAUUACUGACCCUAUAGCUAUAGGUUUUGUUUGUUGACACACUGCUGUGACCUUCACUGUGAUAACUGAAGGAAAUUUAUGAUUAAGAAAAAUAAGGAAAAUGUAAUCAUUAAUAAUCAUUGCAUAUUUGUACCUUGGAAAUGACAAAACAGUAGUAAUGCCUUAAGAAGUAGUAAGAUAUAAAUAAUGAAUCAUUUCCUGUAAAAUAAACUGAAAAUAAAGUA